ACUGAAUUUUUCUUAUAACAUACACUUCCUCUCUCUCUCUCUCUCUCUCUCUCUCUCUCUCUCUCCUACAACUAGACUUUAAGACUCUCAGUGUUGAGUAAUGUAAAAUAACCAUCUAGCCAUUUUAUAAAUUAAAUCUCUCUCUCUCUAUUUAGGUUAUUUAAAGUAGAGAUCUAAAGUUCAAACUCAUUCACCACUCUACAGCCAUGGACUACGAAUACGGAGGAGAGUACUGCAGGAGGGGACACGUGCCGGCGUUUGGGGGUUGGGACUGGAACGACGCCGUACCAUUCACUCAGUGCUUCGAGACAGCAACAACUCAGCAGCCUUCUUAUCUCCACCACUACCCUCCUUACCCUCAAGACCGUGAUCUUUACCUCGCUGGCGAUCUUUACGACAACCACCACCUUGUCGCUCCCGCCGUCAUCCUCCUCCCUCGACGCCGGGCUAAGGUGGGCCAGGAGCCGAAAAGAACCACCUCCAAGGAGCAUCACAACUUCAAGAAGGAUGCGCGUGUGUCUAACGCGCCGAGGAGCUGUCCAACACCGGUGGUGAAGCCGAGGACGGCGAGGCCUAAACCCGUGGAUGAAGACUUGUACAAGGUGUCUCCUCGACUUCUCUCCCUCGAAUCCACAAAGAAAAGGGGAGGAGGGUUUGGGUGCAUUUCAAGAUGUUUUUUGCCGACACGGGUGCUUUGAAGCCACAAGCGUGACAGAUUGCGAGUGAGACAACACUCUGGAGUAUGUUUUAAAAAUACCGUAUGGUUUUGAAGUUGUGUAUGUAUAUUUAUGCGUAGGGAAAAAAGAAUAUGAAUUCUAAACGAUAAGCUUUAUAUGCUUCGAGGAAAACGAGCCAUAUUGUGUUACGUAUAAUAUGUUUUUUUUUUUAAUGAGGCUUCUUGUUUUGCAACUUUUUCAUUAUUUUUUUCGAAGUAUGUCCAAGUUUGUACUGUUUUGGUAGUGUAACUGUUGGAUUUGGUGAGAGAUUUGGGAUGUGAAAGGAGUUAAAAGGCUGAGGAAGGAGGGGGAAUGUUGAAUAGAA